CAUGAAUUUUGUAAAAAUAUAUAGUACAGUUUACUUCAAAUAUAAAGAAAAUGUUCUAUCACAUAUCGUUGGAGCAUGAAAUUUUAUUACAUCCGAGAUAUUUUGGACCUCAACUUCUUGAUACAGUAAAACAGAAGCUUUACACAGAAGUAGAAGGAACUUGCACUGGAAAGUAUGGCUUUGUUAUAGCAGUAACAACAAUAGAUAAUAUCGGUGCUGGUAUAAUUCAACCAGGGCAAGGUUUUGUUGUUUAUCCUGUUAAAUAUAAAGCGAUUGUCUUUAGACCAUUUAAAGGUGAAGUUUUGGAUGCGAUUGUAACACAAGUAAACAAGGUUGGGAUGUUCGCAGAAAUAGGACCAUUAUCUUGUUUCAUAUCUCAUCACUCUAUUCCAGAAGAAAUGCAAUUUUGUCCCAAUGUUAAUCCACCUUGUUAUAAAUCAAAAGAAGAGGAUGUAAUAAUUCAAGCCGAUGAUGAAAUAAGGUUAAAAAUAGUUGGAACAAGAGUAGACGCUACUGGUAUUUUUGCUAUUGGAACAUUAAUGGAUGAUUAUUUAGAAUUGUUUUUGUUUACAGGUCUUGUAUGUAACUGAAAAGUUCAUACAUUAUAUUAUAGAUUACACUCACAACCUUGUAAAUAUAAAAAGGAAUAUGUUAUAUCAUAUUAUAUACUGCUAUUAAAUGACAAA